AUGACAACUAAAAAAUAUAAACUGGUACCGCCGGACGGAGGAUGGGGCUACUUGAUUUGUGUCUCCGCGAUAGUUAAUAUUACCACAACUACAGCUCUGACUCCAAAUUUCGGGUUGCUAUACAAUGAUUUCAUGUUAGAAAUAGGAAUGACUUCAACUGGAGCCACAUUAUUGAAUGCGACAAAUUCAAUCUGCAUGGCUAUAGCAGGUUUCCUGACAGAUCCACUUCUGAAAUUGAUGUCUAUGCGUAAACUAGCUUUUGCAGCAGCGAUUAUUUUUGACAUUGGUUUUUUUGGAGUCUUUUUUGCUAAUUCCGCCCUUCAGUUUUUCAUUUUAAAUGGAGUCAUGCAGGGCUUAAGUCUGGGAGUUAUAUUUACCUUAACAUUCAGCAUUUUAAAUGAGUAUUUUGUUGAGAAAAGACUGUUUGCGCUCAGUCUGGUUCAAACUAUAGUCGCGAUAAUAUCACUGGUGACCCCCGUACUUUUGAAAUGGAGUUUGGCAUAUUAUGGAUUUCGUGGUACAAUGCUCAUUUUGACGGGAAUCACAAUGCAAAAUUUUUUUGCAGUUUGUUUAAUGCAACCUGCUAAGUGGCAUUUUAAAAGAAUCGAAGUGUGCUCCGAAAAUGUAUUAUCAGAAAAAGAAUCACUAAUGGCCGUGAAUGAAAAAGAAGAUAAUGAAUCUAAUGUCCCUAAUUUGAUACCAAAAGAUGUUGAAAAUGCUACGCCCGCACAAAAAUCAUACGAGUCAUCAUUAACAGAACACACAAAAGUAAAUGGUUUAAAGAAGAUAUUCCAGAGCAUCAUUGAUAUAUCAGUGUGUAAACAAAUGAUAUCGACUGGCGCAGGCAUCGGGACAUCGUUGGCUUUAUUUACAAAUUUAGUAUAUUUGCUAUUUAUACCACAGGCAUUGUAUGAUAUCAACUGGGAUCAGAAUAGCGUAGCCUUUGCUUUAUCUCUCUAUGCGUUUGGUGACCUGGUCACAAGAAUGUUUUUGUUAUGCGCGAGUAGAUGGUUACAUAAUGUUGGCAGUCAAGAAUUAUAUAUUGGAGGGCUUGUAGUGGGCUUGCUAUCAAGAUUGGGAAUGGAGUGGACACCAAACAAGAUAGUUAAAUUAGUGUGCAUUACAUUGAUGGGCAUUUCUCACUGUACGAUCAACGUUUUGGCGUUCAUUCUUGUUGGCGAAUCUGUUAGUCCUGAAAAAUACACGUCCGCCAUUGGUUUCUUACUGUUACUAGUCGGGGUAUUUUUUCUNCCACUGGGACCCGCAGUUGGCGCUGUUCGGGACAUCACAAAUAGCUACACCGUGGCAUUCUAUGUCCUCUCAAGUAUAUUCGCGAUAGUUAUACUGUUUUGGACCAUUGAACUAUAUUACAAAAAGAGUAAACAUAAAAGAGAAAUGUCGUCGAGAUCAAGACAAAUUAAUCUUAAGUGA